AUGGUGGAUGCUUGUUUACAUCCUCGCAUGGUGGGCCUCGAUGAGAGGCAGCGAGAAAUGUGGGAAUUGGUUCGCACAGCUGAGAUCAUCGGAAAACUGAAAGCCGCAAACCUGUCGGUCAAAGUUUUGGGCUCCGGCUGGCCAGAUGACAUGGCAGUGAUCAAUGCCGCCGAGAUGGCUGGCCGCGACGCUGCAGAAGCCUUGGCAAAAGCGGAGUUUGAGGCUGAAGCAGAGAGCAUUCUCGGAAACGCCAAUCUGACCCAAGAUGCCAUCGACCAUUUUCUCAUCAAGAUUGAGAAGAUGGCAGACAUGUGCGGGUCCUCUGAGGGCCAUGGACUUGCUGAAGAUGAAGCUUCAAUCAUGCAUUCUGGAAACAUGACCCUUGAAGAGGCCAGGGUUGCCAAGGAUCUGGCAGAUUACGCGGAAGGCUUUUGCCAAUCAGAGGUGCUGGAUGUGGACUUCUUUGUAGGCCGCCUGGCAGACGAGUCCCCAGAAUGUAACGCCUUAGUGGGAAGUUCACACCUGAUGCAAAUGCACAAGCACUUGUCGAUUCUGGACUUCUAUGCCAAGAGCGUCAUGGUGCUGCAUGAUGAGCACAACAAGCUUGGCCACCAUUUUGGUAAAAGGCUCCGCCAAGACCAGAGACCCUCUGCCAAGGAGAUACAGCCGCUGCUGAUGCAAGCAGUUUUGGAUCAUGGUGGCAGCAAGCCACGCAUGGCAAGGCUGCUGUAUUUGGAUCGGCUUUACUAUGACAAGGUCCAUGGCUUCACAAAGGACAAGUACUGCGACUCCAACUACCGACUUAGAAAUGAGCAGCCGCAGCAUUGGAUCAGCCAGAGCAAAGAAAUCCAGAACUACGUGGACUGCAUUUGUGUGAAGCAGCAGCCAUCCCUGCUAUGUGAUGCACAGCAUGCAGAGCCAUUGGCCCGCUUGCAGCCGAAGGUGGCCCGUGAAAUGGAAGAAGCGGGCCGAAAACUCAAUUCUCUAGUGCAAGCAGAUAAGGGGAUUGGCUUGGGGCCGUGCCAGAAUCCAGAUGGUACUCCUGCCCCGUGGUCCUGCUCUUUGUGCGUCAACGGCGACAACUGCAUCGUCUACGAUGGCAAAUCUUACUCCGCCGUGCCCGAUCUCUUCGGACGCAUCAAGCAGCUCAUGGACAAAUCGGCCAGCUGUGUGAAGGGCUACUGCACUCCGUGCAAGGGCAUCAAGCCAGGAGAUCCUCUGCAAUUCAGGUUGGACAUUGGUGCUGACGUCCCUCAAUGCGGCAGCACCGCAGACGUCUUGGCAACCUUCAACUUGUUUGCGGAGCUGAAGCUGUGCAUCGGAGGCGUGCUUGGCGAGGCUGCAGACAAGAUGGGGUGGUCCCUUUGCGAAACUCUGGGGAAAGUGGCAUAUUAUCCCUUCAUCAACAAGCUUCACUUCUCCAUAAACCUUCCGAUUCCUCUGCCCCCUCCGAUUGGUGUGCGCGCCAGCAUUGGUGUCAACUUGAACUUGGGGGAUCUCUCAUCGACGGUGGACAACCACUGUGCAGCUAUGGGACCUUCAGCCCAGUUCGUGUGCCUGCAACAAUUCUAUGCCGCUCGAGGGGUGACCGGUGUCGACUUCAAGGUGGAAGUGCUCCUCGGUGUGUCCAUCCCCUUUGUGGGCACGGUUGGCAAGUGGUUCAAGGUACUCGGCUUUGAAUUUUACGAGCAUGACAACAGCCGCGAGAUUGCCAUGAACAAGGCUGGAGUCACCAUUGAAUACAUUGGCCCAUCGCCUUGGCGAUCGACCUGCGGGCGUACGUUCUCGGGUGUGAACUGCGAACCCUGGGCUGGAGAUCAAAACAACCGGGCCAAUGAUGACUGCAGAUAUUGCGGUGAUGAUUUCACCAUCUACCGUCCGGACCCUCACAACCCUCGAUCUCUCUGCAUCCAACGGGAUGAUCACCAUGGGGGCUGGGGAAUGAAUUUGGAGCUUGCUUGUCCAGUAGACAACAACAACCUGAAGAUCAUUGUUCCAAUUGGAUCCAGUGAUGUGAAUACAAAAUGUGCUAUGCCAUCCGAGCCUGUGAAUUGCCGUUCAGACGCAGGAGAUUCUGGCGUUCGCCUAGGAUUUGACUUCAACUCUGAUCGUUUUAAUGUCUACCAGAGUGGGCACAGAUGGUGUGCACGCAGAACAGACCACCAUGGUGGCUGGGGUAUGGACCUGAGGCUUGAAUGUGAUCCUACAGGCCAGCCAUUUGGAUUUGAUGUGAAGAAUAUCCACAUGGGAUCCAGUGAUGCAAACUUGAAGUGCAUCCUCGUCACACAUUCAAUGACCUGUGAUGCACACACAGCCGACGCAGCCUUUCGCACCAAUGACGACUGCAGAGGAUGCGGGGACGCUUUCUAUGUCAGCGUCGAUAGUUCAUGGGGUUAUGUCUGCGCUAAAAGGACAGACUUCCAUGGAGGCUGGGGCCUGAACCUCUGGUUCAAUUGCUACAGUGAUGCAGACAAUGUAAGGCACCGCCAAGAUGUGCACGUCGGUAGCAGUCACCACAACACCAAAUGCGUUUGGGUCACCUCAGGCACAAUUUCGUGCGCAGCAUACGCGGCCAAUUCAGGCUACCGUCGCAAUAACGAUCCAUGGGGUGAUAGUUUCGAGGUAACAACCAGCGGCGGAAAUGUUUGCGUGCGUCGCACAGACCAUGGAGGCGGAUGGGGUCUUGAUUUGCAGAUCUCCUGCCUCAUUGUUUGA